AUGUCUCGUGAGAGAAAGUUUAGUCUUGUGUUUUGGCUAGAAGAAAACCAGUAUUCUAUCGUAAAAACGAUUGACGUUGUUGACUCUAGACAUGCUAGAGUGGGAGAUCGGACGAUGGUGCGCUGUGACGGUGAGGUUCAUCCUGCUGAAAUUCUAGAGAUUUCAGGCAACAAAAGCUACCUAGCUGACCAGCUUGACAAAAAAAUCAAGCGAUCAGAGAUUGAGAGAUUAAGCCAAUCAAAGCGACAGCCAAAACGGAAGACAUUCUCCAAUGAUGAUACGGAUCAACCUUCAAAGAAAAAGUCAAAGAAGAAACUGCAAUCAUGGGCUGAACUAACGGCAGGCGAUCUUGUUGUAAAACAGAUGGGAAGAAGUUUUCCUAGUGAACCUGAAAGCAACAGCCCAGACCUGACAAUUUCUGAUGAUAUGUGGACAGAUCAAGAGGAAGAUCUAGAAGAAACGGUGACUGGCGAUCGUCUACUGACGAAACGACUUGAAAAAGUCGAGGAAGUCGUGAUAAGUCUUGUGACAGGGCUGAACAGCUUGAAAGAGGAAGGUUUGAAGUUGAAUUCAAAAUUAAGAACUUAUGAAUAUGAAGGCGACAGUGAUCAUACACAAAUGGCCACAGCAUGACAACUCUAAAAGCCACAACUAAAGAAGCCCAGAAACCUUCAAUUGCUGUCAGAGACCUGGCAGUCAAGCUUUUUAGUAAGGAAGAAUUGACAAAAUGCAGCGUUCGAGGCAGAAAAACCCACAAGAAUCUUGACGCCAGGCCCUCUUCCUACAAAGAAGCUACUAACUCUACACUCGCUGGUCCAAAAGCCUUUCCCUGGUUGUAAAACCAGCGAGAUUAAUCAGUUUCUGGCCGACAAAAUGAAAUUUUGUCGCCAGCAGCAAAGUGAACAGUGAAAAUACUUGGCAUAUAGUGAUUGUCAAUUAUUCUAGACUAUCUGUGCAUGUUUGUUUAUAUGUAGAACAAUUGUUUUUAUUGAACA